UCUAUUGUUAGUGGAUAAAAGAUGAAACAAAUCUCCCAGCACUGGAGCACAGCACAUCCUAUUAAAUGUUAAGCUCUGCCUGUGCUAAAAGUGAAAGGCUACAUCAACUGAUAAACUAGUCUGCAGAUAAGGCAUACAACUGGGAAGAGUUUGCAGCUUCCCCAAAUCAACACAGAAGCAGCAACUUAUCUUUCUGCCUCAGCAAUGGCAGAAGCUGUUAUAAGAUACUGGGUGGAAACUCCCAUAUGCUAUCAAGAGCAGUUUGCUGUCCAAGAGCUGGAAGCACACAAAUUGGACUCUUUAUAUGCUUUGCCAGGCCCUUCUACAGCUGCACUGAGUAACAGAAGGUGUAUCACAGAAAGUACAGCUGGGGCCGGGAAGAGCGGCCAGGAGGAGGAGGAAAACACGUGCUUUCAGGUCUUGCUGGGUGUUGUGCAGUUCUGCCCUGAAGAUAUCAUUAUUCAGACUUUCGAAGGCUGGCUCCUGAUUAAAGCUCAGCAUGGACCUAGGAUGGACAAACACGGUUUCAUAUCCAGAAGCUUUACCAGACAAUACAAAUUACCUAAUGGAGUGGAGAACAAAGAUUUGUCUGCGCUUUUCUGCCAUGGUGGCAUUUUGAUUGUUGAAAUUAAGAACUCUGUGGGAAAGAAUGAGUCUUGUCCAUAGUUUAUUGCUGAGAGAAAUUUAUUCUUAAUAUAACAAAAUAAUAUCAUUCAAGCAAUGCUGUAGAGUGUAGUAAGCAUGUGGCUAUAUUUAUAUUACAGUAAAGGAAAAUCUUUGUAUGUAUUUUUCAGUAUGCUGAGUUUAUUGUUUGAUGUGAAAUGUUAGACUGCUUGCCUCCAGCUACAUAUGUGCUGGAAAGCCAGGCUUUUUGAACAGUAGAAAAUUUAGGCUAGUCACAGCAAGAGAAAAAAAAUUCUAUUUGAUAACAUAUUGAAAAGAAUGCACAUUUAUUACUUCAGUAGGAGGAGUUGUAUUUCUAAGGAAUUUAUCAUACAUAUUCAUAAUCCUUAAAGAAGCAAUAGACAGGUUGUGAGUUUUAUGGAAAUUUAAUUUACAUACCAAAAUUGCUGUUUUCUAAUUUUUGAGAUUAAAUUCUUCUUCCUUAGGCUCCGGAAAAGCACACAAACUGAAGGAUACUAUUAAGAAAAAAGCCCUAUUUCCACAGUUCAAGUUUGCAUGCAAAAAACCCUUAAGAGAUUACUUUUUAGAAGUGUGUUGCAUGUUUGAAACUAUAAGAAAACAGAAUAAUCACUGACUAUAUUUGUUUGAAAACACAGUAAGUAGAAAUGAUACUUUCUGUCAAAGACAAAUUAAUUUGAAAGAAAACAUUCAAAGACAUUUAGAAAAUUGUGUUUGUUUAAUGUAUUCUGCUAUCUAUUAGCAACUAAAGAAAAAAUAUAUUGCUUACAAAUACUCAAAAGGAUCAAAUUCUUCCUUGUGAAGCCCCGGUAAUAAAAAGGCAUUACUCUAGCACAGACGCCUUUAUUCUUAUGCAUUUUAGGUAGUCUUGUUGUUCAAUCAGAUGAAUAUUUUAUUCUUCACGUUACUUGACAGUUUAGGCCGAGAUCCCACAACUGUGUCUUCAAGAGCAAAUUUUUCUGCCUAUGUAUAGUCCCACUCUCCCUGUAUCAACAUGGGUUCUACAUGGAUCUAAUUUUAAGUGCGGGGUUUACUUACUACAGACAUAGGUUUAAUUUCCGUCCCAGUUUCUCUCAUUUCAAGAGAGUGGUAGAGAUGAAAAAAAAUCCACUCACUAUAUCUAGUAUCUGGUCUUCUCAACAUUAAAAAAAAUAAUGCUGUAAGUGAGUUUUUACAAACUCAAAAAUUUGAGGAGAUCUGCAGCUGCAAGCCAAACUGCCUCCUUUUAUAUGUACUGGAGAUGAGUAUGACUGCUGUGCUAUAAAUAGUAAAGGAAUGUGGAAUGGAAAGUGCCAAGUUAAAUACAGACUCUUUAUGAUAGCCAUCUGCUGCUUGGACAAAUCAAAAACAUAUUCAGAUGAAACUGAAUACAAAUACAAUUUUAAGAAUAUGAAAAAAAUCUGAUGAACAAAACUUGAGCUCUCGCUAGCUGAAGCUAGUUUAAAAUGAAAGUCCUAAGCUUGUACUUCUGCACAUGUCCAUUCAUUAGAAAGAUUUAUGUCGUGAUUGUUUAGACUUGAAGAUAUUUGAAGCAAUUGACUUUAGAAAAGUGCGUAGUCUAAUUCUUGCAUUUUAUUUAUUACUUGUACUAAAACUCACAAGGAAUUUGUACAACAAAUGCAGAAUAAGGUCUGGAUUGUAAAUUUCCAUCAUGUGCAAUUAUUUUGUUUUUUGAAUAGAGCAGAAGCCAAGAACCUAAUGUUUUCUAACAAACCAAACCAAAUAUAAAACAUAUGUCCCUACAUUUUCACUCAACCCACACUUUUCCCUCAUAUUGCCUGUGUUUAAUUUGUGUAUUGGUUCAAGAUAAUAAGAGGAUGAUCAUGCUAGAAAAUCAGAUCUAGAUUCUAAAUACUUUUAGGUCAAGAAGCUUCCUCAGCCAGGAAUCUGAUGGAACAUAUAACAUGGUUUAAAAAAUAUGAAUUCUAGAUACAGGUCUGGAUUUAAACUUUAAACACUAACUUUAUAAAAGCUCACCCAUGGUUUCCAUAUCACCUUAUGGCACAACUGUUGGGAUAUAGUUCAGAAUCACCAGUUAGUAACCUGCUUUGGUAAUUUUUGUUUACAGAUAAUUUUGUAAAUUGGGUCACUUAAAAUUAUAGAUUUUUUAAAAAACGAUUCUACGUAUGAUUACAGUGAUGGUAUUCAUAGCCCUAGAGAUGAAAAAGGAGUUUAAAAAAAAAACUGAUUUACUUAUUUCAAAUUAGAUCAUGAUUAAACUACUGGAAAUUUGGCAAGGAAUUAGACCAGACAGCCAAAAUCAUAUUGUCUGUUCUAUAUAUGUUAAUACCAUGGUUACACUCGGGCCUGCCUCACAAAACUGGAUGGAGAAUUUAACAUUUGGCUGUUCUAUAUUGUAGGUCUCUUCACAUUACUCUGUGCCCGGUUCUGUACUUGCUAACAACAUUGUCAGUCAGAAACCAGUGGAGCGUACUGAUCAAAACAUGGCAAGGAUGUACCCAGGCAGAUUUUAUCUUCUCUAGUACCCAGAGCUUUACAAAAGCCUAAGUCUGUGCUCCUUCGUGAAUGGGAACUUGCCCUGGCCCAGCACUGGAGUGCUUGUGUAACAGGGACCACACUGGAAUAUAGACCUGCUGCUGGCUUCCUGCAUUUUAGCACUAAGUACAACACAGCAGAAAGUGCUUCUCUCCUCUUUUUAGUGGCAGUUUUUCAGAAGUUCUUGGAUGAAUGAUUUUUAUAUGUUUACCAGAACAGCAUCAAAGUACUUGGCAGAGUGUUUCUGAAUUGUCUGUAAAGAACUGUUUUCACAUAUUGUAUUUGAUGUUUUACUUUUAUAAUCUGAUUAGAACUGAAUGUGAAUGUCACGGAGAAAGCUGCUAAUAUUGCUCAUGGACAGCAGAAUGAGAAAUUUAUAAACAGCAAAGGAUUUCAGAACAGCUACAGCUUAAGACAGGUUUAAGACAUUCUGAUGUGAUAAAAUUAAGAACCCUGAUAUUGGCUGCCUACAAAAUCCUGGCUCAGAACAAGCAAUAAAUGUUGCUGCAAGCCCUGCAGAGCAAGUGUUAUGGAAGUUUCUCAGUCCCCAUCAGUGAAGGAUUACUUUUGUAAUUGAUCUGACUGCUCCUCCAAAUGGAUAAAGAUGCAUGAAUCUAAGCACUGUAAAAAAUGCUUUCAUAGAAGAAGAAAAUAUCUCAAUAUCAGCACUAGUCUCCAAAAGCAAGGUCACAAAUAUACAUUUCUAUGUGAUCCCUGUGGGCAGAAAGCCCACAAAUGCCUUGGACUUCUUGCCUUUUUAUAGUAUCUGCUGUAUCCAGGUGUAUGGAUUGUCCGGCUCAUAGUUCACAAACAAGUUUCAC